UCUAUCGUACACUAGAGCAUCCGACCGAUCGUUGCCCAAGAAGCUGUUUUUAGAGAGUGGUGUCGACGGCGAGAGAGGCGCAUUCGCUCACGUUUCUUUGUGCAUUUGAACUCGAGUUCUAUCUGCUUCAAGAAAACAGCAGUCCUAUGAGUGACCACGAAAGUGUGUCGCAUUCAUCGGAGCUGAUACCCUGGUGCUCCUCGCAAAGACUGCAUGGUGGAAGAGCGGAUUGUCUUCGCAAAUGUAUGCUUGCGCUAGAAGAUACAGAGAUUUUCGUCGAACAUGGACAUGCCGAAGGAUCAAUUUACCAAUUCGAAAUAUCCACUGGGCCCCUCGAACCUCUGGCCGCUGUGGACGCCUUCUAUGCAUCCCGAGACAUAAUCAAGAGAACGGCGUUGAACAGUGGCUACCAAGCAACAUUCAUCCCGAGACCGAUGUUGGACUCCUCGCCAUCUGGUUUGCAUUUGAAUCUCUCAGUUCACUCUUCCACGGCAUCAUAUCUUAAAAGUUCCGAGGGAAGAGUCGAAGCAAAUGUAGCUGACAUGUUCCUUGCUGGGAUACUGACCAGGCCUCCGGCUCUUUGCGCCAUCAGUAUGCCUAGUUCGCAGAGCUACCUGCGCGGCGCCACAUAUGAGACCAUGGGCGAGUUCGUAGCUUGGGGCAAAUCCAACCAAUCCGUUGCUUUGAAUGAAAGAGCACGAGGCUAUUGGGAAGUGAGGUCUCUGGACUGCUCGGUAAAUGUUCAUCUGGCUGUUGCCGCUUACAUUGGGGCUGGGAUACUUGGACUGGAAAAGAAUGAGGCGCUACCAUCGAAGGACCCCGUUGUCGCAGUCGAAACCCUUCACCCUAAGGACCGGUCGUCCCUUGGGAUUACUAAACGCCUUCCGGCAUCCCUGGAGGAGGCUUUACUAGAACUUCAGGAGCAGAAGGCGAUCGAUUUAGAAAGUGUUCUUGGGUGCAGAAUGCUAGAGCUAUGUUUCAUUUCUAGCAUUUUUUGUAUACCUACUUAUUCGUAAUAUACCCCUCUUUGCAUAUGAGUGAACAAAUAGACAAUAGAAAAUCGAAGGUAGUAGAAGUGAAAGUCUAGAAGUAACGUGUAUAUUGGUUGAAAGUCGGACCUUGAACAUUAGAUCACAACAAACGCGCUCAGGCCCCAUCACGCCAUCGAACGGGCUCUCGCGCUUCAACAUGUCGUCGCUCUUCAUCAUGUCGGCGAUGGUGUCAAGGUCUUGCUCGACGCCCUCACAGGUACACGGCUCGUAGUGGCCUUUGCGCAGCUACGAAG